UCACAUUCCCACUUGUUUUUUGUACCGUUCACCAUACAUCGCGUUUUAAUUUCUAAUCACACUCACACUUGAACCAGUAGUCAACGGAGUGCAGUAUUUUCCUAACAAUUGCUCAUAUAUUCCAUAAACUAAAUAUUUAUACAAUAUGCAGUGUAUAAAAUCAACAGAUAAAGUGUUAAUCGUUGACAACGAUAAUAAAUUCGUCGAAGAAGUGAAAUCCAAAUGCGCUCAAGCUGAAAUAACCCUCGCACCAUUUCACAAUGUUACAGGGAACGAAUGUUAUGAUUAUGUUAUAACAAGAACUGAUGCAAUCAACAAUGACAUAUCGAACAUAUUCAAAUCCAUCAAACCCAAUGGCAAAUUACUUGUUCAUCCAGCAGAGGCAUCAAAUAACAUUGAAUUCACACUGAAAACCAGUGGUUUCAUCAAUGUUCAAUCAGAUAAUGGCAUUUAUGUCUGUGAUAAGCCAGGAUAUGAGAUUGGCUCUUCAUCUAAACUAACUCUGAAGAAACCAGCAGGCGCAGUGUGGAAACUGGAUGACGAUGAUGAUGCAAUUGAUCCAGAUAACCUACUAGAUGAGGAUGACUUGAAGAAACCAUCAAUUGAGUCACUCAGAGGUAGAAUCAUUGAAUUUUCAUGUUUUAAAAUUUGUGGUACAACUGGAAAGCGCAAAGCUUGCAAAGACUGCUCAUGUGGUUUAGCAGAAGAACUCGCAGGAGAAAAACCAGCAGUUGACCUUCCAAAGUCAUCAUGUGGCAGUUGCUACCUUGGCGAUGCUUUCCGCUGCGCAAGUUGCCCAUAUCUAGGAAUGCCCGCAUUCAAACCCGGCGAGAAAGUGCAACUCGGCGGAAACUUACUACAGGAUGACCUAUAAAGGUAACCAUAGUUGACAAACACAAACAAAAUGCGGUGAUAAGAAUAUAUUUAACUCCAUCCUUACAAUGAAUGAGCGCAACUCCAAAUUCCAAGAGACUAAAACAACCGUUAAGUGUACUAUAUCAGAGUUUUACUUACUUUAGCAAUAAAUAUGGCAACACUA